AUGGAUGCUCUGAAAACAUAUGUCAAGAAAGGCAAGGACGCAGUGUUAAACACACCAGAGAUUGAGAGAAAGGUUAGAGAUGCUACGUCCAAUGAUAAAUGGGGUCCAACUGGUACUCAGAUGCAGGAGAUCUCAAGGGAGUCUUAUAGAUAUGAGUGUUUCCCAGUGAUCAUGGGUGUCAUCUGGAAGAGGAUCAACGAUCCUGGUAAAUACUGGAGACAUGUCUACAAGUCAUUGCUCUUGAUUGAUUACUUGGUCAAGAAUGGUUCAGCACAGGUCAUCAGAGAUUGCAGACAUCACGCAAUGGAGAUAAAGACUCUACAAGAGUUCCAAUAUAUCGAGGAUGAGAAGGAUGUUGGCAUGAGUGUUCGUGAGAGAGCAAAGCAGGUAUAUGAUCUGCUGCAUGAUGACAAGAAGAUUAAGGAGGAGAGAGACAAGGCAAAGACCAACCAGAACAAAUAUGUAGGAAUUGGAAAUGAUGGCUAUGGUGGCGGAUACGGAGGCGACUCUGACCCCUACGGAAGAGACACUUAUGGCAGAGGUGGUGGCGGUGGCGGCGGUGACUCUUACGGUGGCAACCGCGACUCAUACGGAGGAGGAGGUAGCCGUGACUCGCCAUACGGUCGUGACAGAGGAGACUCCUAUGGCGGCAGCAGCAACCGUGACUCACCCUACGGCAGAGACAACGACUCCUAUGGUGGCAGCGGCGGCAGAAGAAACAGCUUUGGCAGCGGCGGACAAGAGCCCAACCCAUAUAUCCAUGGUGGCCAUGAUGACGAGUCGGACUCUGGUAACAACAGCAGGAACAUGAGAUCCGGUGGCGGCGGUGGUGGCGACAGAUUUGGCGAUCGCGACAGCAACCGAUUUGGCAAUGGUGGAAAUCCGCGAGGAUCCACCAGAGACGACAGAAUCUCCUCGGCUGGCGGCAGCCGAACAAACGACGCCUUUGACGACCAACAAUCGUCCACGCGCUCAAGACCCAGAGCAGCCAGUGGUGGCAGUCUUUCGACUCCCCAGACCGAUGCUGCCCUCAUCGACUUUUCAGAGCCAGCUCCACCCGUCAGGACACCCCUGGUGUUUGACCCACUCGAGGGCAACAGUGGCAACGUCGGUUUCAACCAGCAACAAAUGAUUCAGGGCAACAACCAGUUUGGUCAGCAACCAUUCAACCCACAGCAGCAGGGUGGAUUCGAUGUAUUUGGAGGUGGUGGCAAUCAACAACAAUUCGUCCAGCCACAGCAACAACAAUUUGGUCAGCAACAGCAAUUCGGACAAAUGCCACCACAGCAACAGUUUGGUGGAUUCCAGACUGCUAAGGAUCCAUUCGCUAAGGAUGAGUUUGGCGAUUUCAACUCUUCCAGCAACAACAACAAUCAAGACUUUAACCCAUUCGACCAACCUUCUGGAGACUUCCAAUCGAAUGUCAAGCAAGAGAAGUCAGUGUCUGCCAACGAUCCGUGGGCAAAGAAGGACCUGUUCGAUCUCAGUAACCUAGGCAAGGCCAACCAACAACAGGUGCCAAUCAACAAUAACCAGAACCAAAAGAUUAGGUCUACACCCGCCAGAGCCGCCAAUGGUCCGAUCACCUCUGCCGGCACGACGAUCAACACCCAACCAAUGGGCAUGAACCAACGUCCCAACAUGGGCAUGCAAGGAGGCAUGGGCAUGGGUAUGGGAAUGGGUGGUGGCAUGAACCAGCAGAUGGGAGGUAUGCAGGGUGGCGGCAUGCAAGGAGGCAUGGGCAUGGGUGGUGGCAUGAACCAGCAGAUGGGAGGCAUGCAAGGUGGAUUCUAA